CUAUGUUCAUAGGUCAACGCUCUCUUUCAGCACGCGGGUCCCUCCAGGAGUGACAAUUGCCCCCUUGGAUGCGGGACUGGUGCGAGGGAGGCACCGAUAAAUAUGUGCCGGUAACAGGGGCUGCCGCUUUUCGCGCUGAGUGCGUUUUCGGGACUAGAGAGGUACUAGCCAUUGUACCAGGAUCCGUGGUCGGGAAUGCUCGUGAAGAUGCUGUGGAAUUGGAAGAUCCUCGUUUCGCACGUGUGCUGCGCCAGCUUACUUCUGUUCUGGAUUAUACUGGGAACGGCAGUGGUGGACGUGAUAGGGUCCCAGCAAGGGAUUCCUCUCUCAGUGGUGAAGUUAUGGGCCUCAGCGUUUGGUGGAGAAAUUAAAUCAAUUUCUGCAAAAUACUCUGGAUCCCAGCUGCUGCAGAAGAAAUAUAAAGAAUUGGAAAAGUCUGUCCGAGUGGAAGAAAUUGAUGGCAUGAAAGUGGUCAAAAAUCUAUCGAAGAAGAUGGAGGACAUGUUCCGGAAGAAAAAGGAGGCAAUUCGGAGGCUGGUGGAGGCAGCAGAGGAGGCACAUCUACAGCACGCAGGAAAACCCAGAGCUACAGUAGACAAAGAUAAAUGGAACUCUUAUGCACAGUGCAUUGUUCCACUUUUCUUCCUGAAGAUUGGAAACUCACUCGGGCAACAAAUCACUUGUGGCCACCCAGUUAAUAGCUGGACUUACAUCAUAUAUGAGUACUUCAACGCGUAUGAGUACUUCAACGCGGUGCUGAUCAACGAGGUGGAUGAGGAGGGCAACAACGUGGAGCUGGGAGGAGAGUUUGUCCUCGAACCCAAUGAACACUUCAACAACCUGUCAGUCAACCUCAGCCUCAGUGUGGUGCAGGUGCCCACCAACAUGUAUAACAAAGAUCCUGCCAUAGUGAAUGGGGUGUAUUGGUCAGAGGCCUUGAAUAAAGUGUUUGUGGAUAACUUUGAAAAAGAUCCGUCCCUGAUAUGGCAGUACUUUGGCAGUGCCAAGGGCUUCUUUAGGCAGUAUCCCGGGGUCAAAUGGCAUCCAGACGAACACGGGGUCAUCGCCUUUGACUGCAGGAACAGGAAAUGUACAAUCAAGAGAUUCACUAUGUGGAGCCUUGUCUGAAUGGUACACUGGUACGAGCAGACAGAAACAAUAAAGCUCAUUUUAGAGAACAUCUGGACAAGCUGUUUGCCAAAGGGAUUGGUCUGCUGGGUGAUGCKCUUACCGAAGCAUUCACCAUUCUAAAUGAUUUUAACCAGACUGGGCAUGGCAGUGUGUGUAGCCAGGCCAUCAUGCUUGUGACUGACGGGGCCACACAGAUGUACGACGAUGUUUUCGCCAAGUUCAACUGGCCAGACAGAAAGGUGCGCAUAUUCCCUUACCUGAUUGGCCGAGAGUCUGCCUUUGCUGAUAACAUGAAAUGGAUGGCCUGUGCUAAUAAAGGGUAUUUCAGUCAGAUCUCCACACUGGCUGAUGUACAGGAAAAUGUGAUGAGGUAUCUUCAUGUUAUGAGUCGUCCUAAAGUCAUCGACCACGAGCAUGACACGGUCUGGACAGAGGCCUACAUGGACAGCACUGGGAGUAUCAUACUCUCCCAGGCACACAAGUCCAGAAACAAGAAGGGCCCCAGCCUGAUGACCACUGUGGCCAUGCCUGUGUUCAGCACCAAGAACGAGACGAAGAACCAGGGUAUUCUCCUAGGGGUAGUGGGCACAGACAUUCCCCUACAGGAACUCAUGAAGAUCAUCCCUAAACACCUGCUGGGUAUCCACGGUUACGCGUUUGCCAUCACUAACAACGGCUACAUCCUGACCCAUCCAGACCUGAGGCCACUGUACCAGAAGGGCCAGAAGAGGAGGAAACCCAACUAUAGCAGUGUGGACCUGUCUGAGGUGGAGUGGGAGGACAAGGAUGACUUUCUGCGUAAUGCCAUGGUCAACAGGAAGACUGGGACUUUCUCCAUGGAAGUGAAGAAGACAGUGGACAAAGGGAAACGUCUCCUGAAGAUGCACAAUGACUACUACUACACUGAAGUCAAGGGAACUCCCUUCAGUGUCGGUGUGGCUUUGUCCAGAGGCCAUGGCAAAUUCUUCUUCAGAGGAAACGUCUCCGUAGAAGCAGGGCUUCAUGACCUGGAACAGCCAGAUGUUGCGCUGGCAGACGAAUGGACGUACUGCAACACAGACGAGCACUAUGAGCACCGUUCUCUCUCCCAGAUCCAGGCUAUUAAACUCUACCUGACCGGACGCAAACCACUCAUCAAAUGUGACAGGGAGCUGAUCCAGGAGGUUCUGUUUGAUGCUGUGGUCACAGCCCCACUGGAGGCCUACUGGACAGGCCUGGCCCUCAACAAGUCAGAAAAUUCAGAUAAAGGUGUGGAGAUUGCUUACCUGGGCACACGCACUGGCCUCUCUAGAACCAACCUGUUUGUUGUCCAAGAGGAUCUAUCCAAUCAAGACUUCCUGACAGCGGAGGAUAAGGGGGUGUUUAACGCUGACCACUUCCCCCUGUGGUAUAGAGAGAGCGCAGAGCAGGUCCCUGGCACAUUUGUCUACUCCACCCGUUUCUCCUCAGGAAAUGAGAAUAAGAGUGUGGUUUUGGCCAGCACCGCCAUACAGCUGCUGGAUGACAGGAAGUCACCCAUUGUUGCAUCCGUUGGGAUUCAAAUGAACUUGGAUUUCUUUCAGAGGAAGUUCUGGACCGCUAGCAGACAGUGUGCUGCUCUGGAUGGGAAGUGCAGCAUCAGCUGUGAUAAUGAGGACAUCAAGUGUUACCUCAUAGACAACAACGGCUUUAUUCUGGUCACAGAAGACUACUCUCAGACGGGGGAGUUCUUUGGCGAGGUGGAGGCUGCUGUUAUGACCAAGCUGCUCCUCAUUGGCUCCUUCAAGAGGAUCAAUCUGUAUGACUACCAGGCUCUCUGUAGAGAGUAUGCUGGCAGCAGUGACAGUGGACACUGUUUAUCACAUCCCUUCUCCAUUGUGAAAUGGAUCCUGACUGAACUAGUAAUUUUCCUCCUGGAAUUCAACUUGUACAGCUGGUGGCAUGUUGACCUCUCUGUCAAAGGUCAGUAUGUCCAAAACUCGAGGGAAAGACCAUGUUGGUGCCAUGUGGAUACUGAGUACCCUGCCUUUGUCUCUGAGCGUACCAUCAAAGAGACCACGGGCAACAUUGACUGUGAGGGCUGUGUCAGAUCUUUUGUUAUUCAGCAGAUUCCCAGUAGUAACCUCUUCAUGGUUGUCGUGGACAACAAGUGUGACUGUAGCUCCACCCUUCCAGUUUCCAUGGACCCCAUUGAGAUUAUGUACAACGAAUCUCUGAAAUGUGAUAGGCUGAAGUUUCAGAAGGACAGGAAGCGGCCAGAAUCAUGUCAUCCUUUCCACCCUGAGGAGAAUGCCAUGGAGUGUGGAGGAGCAGCAGGCCUGUCUGCCCCCCUCACAGCAGCACUGCUCCCCCUGCUGGCCACUCUCUUCACCAGAUGACCAUACUGCCGCCGAAGCCCACCACACUGGACCCAACACUGGAACCAACACUGGAGAGACUGAUAGACCGGCUUUAACACACCAUCAAAUGCUGACAAAGCGCAGGGAGCCUCGCCAACCAGAAGAACCUGCUCAUAACUAACUGAGUUGCUUAUCGCUAACCAGCAGAGAAAUAAUGAAUAAGGAGGCAUUGUUCAAGAUAAAUAGAACACUGUUCCAAGAGGGAAACCAUAUGGACAUCAGACUGAGAAAUAAACUAUGAGAAAGCACUGUGAUGCAAUGAUGUCAUUCUGAGAGCAUUACAGACCCCUGUGUGGAUGCCAGAGCAAAGAAAUCAAUAUCCCUGUGUACUUUACCUGCACUGUAGAAAAUAAGACCUUCUAUGUCAAGGUAGUUAUGAAAUAACUAGAAAAAAUGUCACCUUUUAAAAAGAGUGGUCUAUCUUUACAAUUGAAAAGAAACUGCUAAAAAUGAUAACAUAGAUCCGCAAUUGUUUUAUUUUUUGAGCUAAAUAUAUGUAGCAUUAUCUUGGAGAAUCUAAUUCUGUAUUUUGGGAUAUGACAGGGAUCAUGUGAAGUAAGAGAUUACAGGAUGGUUGAAGUCCAUUUAUUUUGCCUGCUUUUCAUUUUUACAGCAGUGAACAUUUCAUACAGAGUAAAAAGAUGCAUGUGAAGGAUAAAAAAAAAGACUUAAGUUCCAUGAAAGGAAUAAAGUUCAGAGCUUUGGCUGCAAACUGAAAAUAUGAACAUUUGCCUGUUUUAAGAAUGUUAUUGUUAUCUUGACUAUAACCCCUAAUGCUGACCCCUACCCUUGAACCCAAACCCCUUUCCUUUAAGAAGGCUGCUAAAAUCUAAAUAAACACAGACCUAUUUUCCAUCA